UAAGGCUCGGCGGCGAGCUUCCAUCCUUCUCCUCACUUCACGAUCGCCUCACACCACGCGACUUUCCGUCUUCCUGCGGUGAAUGAAGGGCUGAUGGAUGUCUUCGAAAGCGCCCGAGCACCUUCGAGAUGAAGGAACGCGCUCUCAGGUGGUGCUUGCGGGCGCCGUCUCCGGUCUGGUGUCGAGAUUCUGCAUAGCACCCCUCGACGUCCUCAAAAUCCGCCUGCAGCUGUCCGCCUCCUCCCUCAGCGACCCUCUCUCCCACGGCCUAUCCCGCCAUCCCACCGGUGUCCUCGCCCUAGCAAGAGACAUCUUCCACCAUGAAGGCAUCACGGGAUUCUGGAAGGGCAACAUCCCCGCCGAAGGCCUCUACUUGAGCUACGGCGCCGCACAGUUCCUAGCAUAUCGCAGCACUUCGCAAGCCAUUGAAGACUUCACCGAAAGCAGGGGUUACAGAGUUCCUGGCGCCAUCAAGAGCUUCACAUCAGGUGCCGCGGCAGGUCUGGUGGCCACUACAGUCACAUACCCUCUGGAUCUGCUGCGGACGCGAUUCGCAGCACAAGGCACGGAAAGGGUGUACGAUGGACUGGUAGCGAGCGUGAGAGAAAUCACGCGCAACGAAGGCUUCACCGGCUUCUUUCGCGGCCUGAGCGCCGGCGUCAGCCAAGUCGUACCCUACAUGGGCCUCUUCUUCGCCUUUUACGAGGGCCUCAAAACCCCGCUGUCCACCGUUUCACUCCCUUUCGGAUCCGGUGAUGCCGUGGCGGGCAUCACCGCCAGCAUUCUCUCCAAAUCUGCCGUCUACCCGCUCGACACCGUCCGCAAACGGCUGCAGAUUCAAGGGCCGUCGCGGACCAAAUAUAUCGGUGGUGCGAAGAUUCCUGUGUAUGAUCAGGGGGUAUUGAAGACUCUGGCUCAGAUCGCCGGCCGUGAGGGGAUCAAGGGCUUGUAUCGUGGCUUGACUGUCAGUUUGUUCAAAGCUGCGCCGGCGAGUGCCGUCACGAUGUGGACGUACGAAAGGGCGAUUCACUUGAUGAUGGAAGCGCCGGUGUCAGUGCUGGAGGACAGGGAAUGAUUGCAUGACGAUGCAUUCGGAGGAACCACCAAUCUUCCACGCUUGAAUUGUAUACUUAGGCGGAGCUCUCUCGUUCGAACAAUUUCCUGAGCCAUCACUCGCCUCACAAUGCCGACAAUCACUUUGUGAUCAAUAUGAAUGAUGAGUGAAGAAUAGUUCUGUUCCCUUCUAAC